UCGGCUCAGCAUGUUGGGUUAUGAUUCUGCAUCUUUAUUUUUCACACAUUGCGUUGAAGUGAACCAGAGAAGGUUGAUACCCUGUUAAAGUUUUAAACAGGUUAGUUUGCGGUUACAGAGGAAGUAACCGCAAACUAACCCGGAAUCCCGAAAGGGCUUUUUUUUUUUUUUUUUUUUGCAUGAAAAUGACUUGGCGUCCAUCAUUUCAAGGUUAGAGACCGUCAUCAUGAUGCUCCAAUGCAUGUUGUUCGCGCGCGGUUUUCUGGGAACAGCUCGUGAAAGAGGCUAGCAGGCGGUUUUUUUCUUUUGUGCGAAAUUCCGUCCUAGAAAUGAAAGAAAAAUCUAGAAACGCUGCAAAGACGCGGAGAGAAAGAGAGAAUGGGGAGUUUUAUGAGCUGGCAAAACUGCUUCCUCUGCCGGCGGCCAUCACCUCCCAGCUGGACAAGGCCUCCAUCAUCCGGCUGACCAGCAGCUACCUGAGGAUGAGAGCUUUCUUCACACACGGUAUGGGUGGAUGGAGCAAUUUGCCAAGUUUGGGUCUGAACAUGUUGAGCUCCCACCUUUUACAAACUCUAGAUGGCUUUCUGUUUGUUGUUGCAUCUGAUGGGAAAAUCAUGUACAUCUCCGAAACAGCAUCUGUCCACCUUGGCUUGUCCCAGGUUGAACUAACAGGAAACAGUAUAUUUGAAUACAUCCACCCAUCAGACCAUGACGAGAUGACGACAGUACUAAGUUUUCAACAGCCACCUCACCAUCACUUCUGUACAGAAUACAAAGUUGAACGAUCCUUCUUUUUGAGGAUGAAAUGUGUUCUUGCCAAAAGGAAUGCAGGAUUGACAUGUGGGGGCUAUAAGGUGAUCCAUUGCAGUGGCUACCUAAAACUCAGUCUACACAGGACUGAGAUGACAUUGUACGAAUGCUGUUAUCAGAUUGUGGGUUUGGUGGGAGUCGGCCAUUCCCUGCCCCCGAGUGGGAUCACUGAAAUCAAACUUCACAGCAACAUGUUUAUGUUUCGGGCAAACCUGGACUUAAAACUCAUCUUUUUGGACAUGAGCGUUGCUGAGCUGACAGGCUUUGAGCCUCAAGAUCUGAUUGAGAAGACCCUCUACCACCAUGUUCACACAUGUGACGUUCUACACCUACGCUAUGCACACCAUUUAUUGCUUAUUAAAGGACAAGUGACAACAAAGUAUUACCGCAUGUUAGUAAAACAUGGAGGCUGGGUGUGGGUGCAAAGCUAUGCAACCAUUGUCCACAACAGCCGCUCUUCCAGACCUCACUGCGUGGUCAGUGUGAACUACGUUCUCACAGACACUGAGUGCAAGGAACUGCAGUUAUCUGAAGACCAGAUCCAAGUUGCCAAGCUUACUUCACAGUUUGUCUUGAGUCAGGACAACCACAAACAGCUGAGAACUAAAGACGUCAAGCAGAGGACCAAACUCAGAUCAGCUCCUUACACCCAGAACCUGGGUCGUCAGCAGGUUAGAAGAUUACCUCAGUAGGUAAUCAGCCUGCUCUCAGCUGUGUGAAGGACAAGUUAAAGAGUCUUUUCAGACUCCUCUGCAGUCCAUGGAGGGGUCUGGUCUACGCCACUGACUCCAUUUAUCGAGAAAACAAAGAAUUUAAGGCUCAGAGUCAAAUAGAAUAGUGGACUUUGAGAUGGUCUGACCCAAAAGCUGCUUUUAUCUCAGCGUGAAGUCUGGUAUCAAAUAAGCAUUGUAUUGAAUCAGUUUCCGUGGUGCUGGAGAAAAACUGUUCUGUACAAAAGGAAGUGCUCUACAGCCAGCAAUGGAAAAAGAACACAUCGGUUCAUCUGCCAUUAUCAGAAAUGAUCCACCAGGGUGGAUGGUCAUUUUGUAAUUCUUCAAAACAGUGUGUAUAAACUGUGGAAUUAAUUUUUACAUUUAUUUAAUUUCUUGGGUUUCAAGGCAAAUAAAAUGCAGGGUCUAUACAUAUCUGUCUACGUGUUGAUCAAGAAUAAAUAGCUCUUAAAUAAGACAUCUUUGUUUUAGUUCAGGGCAUGCUGGUAUAAGUGGGUAGUGAGAAUAUUUUAGUGUUUAGCAUGUUAGUACAUCAUCUUUCUUUAAAUAAAUUACUACUUUAUAGUCCAAUACACUGCAAGUAAAAGGCAAGAUGAAAAUGUACAGAAUACAAGCAAAGUACAGAAUCUAAAAACAAUUACAUGGCAUUUAGUUAAAAAGAGCAAAAUAUGAAUAUAAAACCCUAAAAGCUAAAAAGGAAUCAGCUCUACUCCAAUACUUCAGUUGAACAGCUGGUUAAGCACCGGGAUCAUGUUCAGGUUUGACUAAGGCUGCAAUGCAAUAAAGUGCUAGGAGUUACAGCGCUAAUUACUAAAAGGUUACUGAAAGCAAAAAGGCUAAGCUAAGUGUGAGGAAUAACACACAGGUCAAAGUACACCCUGGUGGAGUCGCAAAGUAGUUCCACAGAGGAGACUGUCAUGUCCCCAUCUUUGGGUCAGUUUUUUGACAUUCCAAAAAACAAACAAAAAAAACACACCAUGAAUUAUUUUAAACCUCACAUUUUACACCUUGCAAACAGGUUACCUGGGUGUGUUGAUCCAAAAAAUAAAGUCACCUUAUUAAGUUAAAAGAAUCUUCACCUAUUUUGGAAUAAGUGUUAUUUUGCCAGGCAACUUAUAUAAUACAAUGUUCAUGCUUGUAUGUCAAAAUAUUACACGAUUGAAGUAGGUUGUUUGAUUAUGAUAUUCUCUGGCUGCUGUAUAAUAAAUAUUUACCCAAGUCUUUAAA